AUGUUUCUGAAGGUCGUGUUACCACUGCUACUGUGCCUGUUUGUUUUUCUACUCAUGUCCUCGGUGGCCUUGGAAGAUACUGGCUUUAUCUAUAAUGGAUUUCGAGGUGACAAAGUUAGCCUGGAUGGCGAAGCACAGAUCAUACCCAACGGGCUCUUGAUGCUAACGUAUCAAUAUAAACGACAGUUGGGCCAUGCCUUCUAUCCCUAUCCUCUCCACUUCAAGAAUCUACCAGACGGCAAUGUUUUCACAUUCUCUACCACUUUUGUAUUUGGGAUCCUCCCCAAGUUCCAAAAUUUUUAUGGUCAUGGAAUUGCUUUCGUGAUCACACCUUCAAGAGCGCUUCCCGGAGCUCGACCGACCCAGUAUCUAGGCAUGUUCAAUGAAUCCAACAACGGUAAUCUGUCCAAUCAUGUUGUUGCAGUAGAGCUCGACACCAUCAAGAACAGUGAGUUCUCAGGUAUCAAUUACAACCAUGUCGGUAUCGAUAUUAACGGCUUGACGUCUGUUUCUUUUGCCCAAGUAUCGUAUGCUAUCGAUCAAAGUGAUAACCGUAAGAAUCUAAGCCUCGUAACUGGGAAACCAAUUCAAGUAUGGAUAGAAUACAAUGGCGUAGAAGGACAGAUGAAUGUAACGUUGACUCCAAUUGAUGUUUCUAAACCCCAUAUCCCCCUUCUUUCUUAUUCUCGCAAUCUUUCUCCGUUCAUGGAGGAUUCCAUGUACGUUGGCUUCUCAUCAUCGACGGUCUCCUUCUCUACUUCCCAUUACGUGUUGGGAUGGAGCUUUAAGAUGAAUGGACCUGCUAAAAAGCUCACCAUCUCCCAGCUUCCUAAGCUACCUCGACUAGGACCGAAAAAGCAAUCCAAAUCAGAGAGCGGGUGGGCAUUUGCUCCUAUACCAAAGAGGUACCUGCCGGUGCCGGAGAAGGAGAAGGAGAAGGAGAAGAGAACUCUAACUCGAGAUAGGAUUUUGAGAUUUCGAAUGAUAGAGUUUUGGGGGUAA